AUGGUGUUCCAAGUCUUGUCCCAUUUCGUCAAGCAAUCGUUCUUCCUUCCCAAUCCCAGACUGACCGAAGAGAACCUGCCUAACCAGUCCGGCAGAGUCUUCAUCGUCACUGGUGGCUACGCUGGAGUGGGAGACCAGCUUUCGCAGAUAUUGUAUUCGAAGAAUGGCACAAUAUACAUCGCCGGUCGCAGCAAAGAGAAAGCAGAGUCAGCGAUGGUACGCAUCCAGAAAGCUCACCCUUCGAGCAAAGGAAGACUCGAGUUCUUGAAGCUGGACCUUGGAGACUUGACGACGAUCAAACCUGCGGUGGAGAGCUUUUUGUCUCAAGUAUCCCGGCUGGACGUCCUCAUCAACAAUGCCGGCGUCAUGUUCCCUCCCAUUGGAUCAAAAUCAACGCAAGGGCACGAAAUGCAGAUGGCGACGAACUGCCUUGGUCACUUCCUCCUUGCUCGGCUGUUGAGUCCCGUUCUCGAGCGUACUGCGUCUGCAGCUGCGCCCGGUGCCGUUCGUAUCGCCUGGGCAGCAUCCUUCGGCGUCGAUGCGCUUUCUCCGAAGGGUGGUGUCAGCUUCGACAAAGACGGUGCGUUCGAAGCUCAUGGCAGCAACAAUCAAGUCAACUACGGCGCCACCAAAGCUGGCAAUCUCUUCCUCGCCUCGCAGUUCGCCAGAAAGCCCCCGAUCGCAGCCGAUGGAAAGGGAAUGGUCAACGUCGCCUUCAAUCCGGGCAAUCUAAGGACGGAAUUGCAGCGGCACUCGGGGAAGCUCGAGGUCUGGGUCGUUGACAAGCUGCUGCUCAACCCAGCGAUCUUGGGAGCGUACACCGAGCUCUGGUGCGGUUGGAGCGAGGAUGUCAAGCCGGAGAGCAACGGAGCGUACGCAUGGCCAUGGGGACGGUUUGGGCCUGUGCGGGAUGAUGUCGAGGCCGAGUUGGCGGAUGGUGGCAAGGCGGAGAUGUUUUGGAGGUGGUGCGAGAAGGAGACAAGAGCAUUCGCUUGA